AUGUCCAACAAUGCCAGCACUUCGUCAAAAAUGGCAGAAACUGCUGGAUCAUCUACAGCCGCAGGACCAGCGACAUCAGGGAAUACAAUUGAGACCAACGUUAAUACAGCGCGUACACCCCAACAAAUCUUGGUGAUGGCCUGUCUCACCUACAUUGACGACUACAGACGUUCACGCAUCAACAAACUCGAUGCCAACGUUGGAGUCAUUGAAGCCAUUUCAGAGGAACUGUUCAACAUACCCGGACAACGGGUCUCAACAGUUGCAGGACCUUAUAUCUCCAUGCUCGAUGAGAUCGAAGCAGAGUUUACACGAGCCGGCAACACGUCAGCUGAGAAUCAAAGAGGAUGCACGGAUGAACCGGCAUUCGUCGACGAAGAAGCCCCUUUACCUGAGGAUAGGAGUACAGCAGGGACAGUCGAGCCAGGAGAACCUGCUCGGAAACGUUCAAAGCUUGACUACUCGUCUAUUGAGGCAGCGAUUAAAAGCAGGAAGUAUGAACUGCUCUCCCCUAACCUCGAACGAACAAAUGAGAUACUCAAAAACUGGUCGCAAGACCAAAAGGAAGUACGCCGAUACCUCAUGUAUCUAGUGCUGCCGUGGUCCGGUUCCGAACCGUGGUUCGAACCUGACCAAUGGUCAGGUUCGUCCAUGGUUCGGUCCACGGUUCUCCAUUUUGGCCGGACCGAACCGAAAUGA